AUGGGUGUCUCCAUCUGUUCUAUCAAUAGAAUAAGCCGUCGAGCCGCAGUGAAAAUGGCGAACGAAAUAUACAACUCGAAUAUUUCUCGACUAUCUUCCGAAGAGAUUCUGAACAUGAUUCUGCAAUUGGGCGGACUUUACGAUUCCGAAUUUAUAACGCAAUCUCAGCCACUUCGAAUCGAUCAGCUACUCUCGCAUUUUUACGAUGGCUAUUAUGACAUUACGAACGUAAUGAAACGGCUGACCCCGCAAUGCUCCUCAAUUUUAUCGAGGUGUCGUUUCAACGGUCAAGAGAGAAACUGCUCAGACAUAUUCGCGUUCCGCAAGACUCAAGACGGAUUCUGUUGCAUCUUCAAUUACGCUACUAAAGGGGAUGAUACGCUCCUAAACACCGAGGUCGAUCAUAGAACUGACCCCAUCAAGGUGGAAAAUUUGACCGAGGAAGGUGGACUGUCGGUGCUGAUGGAAUCGUUUCCCGAUGACUAUUUUUACUCCAUUUUACCAACCACUGGGUGGAAGGUGACGAUCUUCAGCCCGUACGAUUAUCCGGACAUGAUCAGCGGCGGUGUCAUCGACGUCCUCGUGUCUCCGCGAACGCACAGGAGCGUGGAACUAGAGGCGAUCAUGUUUUACAGCACCAGGAGUAUUAUAUCGUAUCCGCUCGACAAACGAGAUUGCGUGUUCGAGGAUGAAAUGACCUUCUUACGGCCUUUCUACACCUACAGUGACUGUAUCGUUGAUUGCAGGAUCGAUGACGUGUGGAAAAUCUGCAAGUGCAUACCUUUCUACUUGCCUAAUAGAGAAGGUCGAAGGGUGUGCAACAUAGAAGACAUACCCUGUUUGACAGAGCACAAAUCCAAAUGGUUCUCCGUGGUACCACACGAGAACGUAUACCAAGAUGCGAACUACGACAACGAGACAAUCAUGCACUGCUACACGUGUUACCCAGAGUGCAACGACAUCAGCUACAACGCAAGAAUGACCGAGUCAGAUCUGGUGGAGUCUAAUCGACAAUCUGCCAAAUUACUGAAGGGUGUCAAGAUCGAGGACCAAGGUAUGCUGACGAUAUAUUUUAAUAGCUUCGGCACCAUGAGGUUGAGACAAGACGUGAUUUAUCGAUGGUACGAGCUGUUGGGGGAUGCAAGCGGUAUUUGGGGCAUUUUCGUCGGUUUUAGUCUGAUUGCGAUCGUGGAGUUUGUCUACUUCAUCGGGCUUUUCGUGCUGGAGCUUGUGAAGGGGCCUACUUCGUCCGACAGUAACAAAAAACAAGUCAAGCAUUGGCAGUCGCCCAUACAGUCGAUUUAUUGGGGCGAAUUGUAUUCUAACGUGAAGCCUAAAUCGCCCGACAAUCGAUAUCGCGGAUACUAG